UAGACUUUGAUGUGAUUUAGAGAAAAUUCUAGGGUGUAUAUGCAUUUAUCACAAGUUCUCAACCCAGGAUGUUAACUACUCCGUAUGUUUAGCGUCAGUGGAAGAGGGGAGAUGCUCUCUUUUAAUGAAAAGGGGAGUUUUUAGCUGUAAUUUAGGGAUUUGCCCCUUUUCCGGAUUUGAAAUCUUUGUUGCCCUUCCAACUCACGCCAUAGCCCAUAAGCUCCAGGCAUAUCUCACCAUCGCCACUUCGCCUACACCUUCUGCUCCAGUGAUAAUAAUGGGUGAUUCACAAGGAAAAACUAAGAUUCGCUAUAGUUCUUGGAGUGUGCAAGAGAGUUCUCUUUUGUUACAACUUUUGGUUGAUGGUGCUAUUCGUGGGUGGCGUGACAGCAGUGGGUUAAUAAGUAAACAAAUGGUCGAAAAGCAGAUACUUCCAGUAUUAAAUGCAAGGCUUCAAUGUGAGAAGACAUACCUUAUGUAUCAAAGUCGAUGGAAGUAUUUUAAAAAAAAAUAUCAAAAGUAUGAAGAACUUAUGAGGUUUAGCCCGGGCUUUGGGUGGGACUCGACUAAUAAGAGGUUUACGGCUAGUGAAGAAGUGUGGAAAAACUACUUCGAGUCUCAUCCUAAGCAUAAGAACUUCCGAACUGAUACCAUUCUCGAUUACGAGGACCUGCAAAUAGUUGUUGGGAAUGCAAUGGCUACAGGAAGAUACUCAAUUGGACUAGGUGAGAAGUCGGAUGCUAGAACUUAUGGAGGUGAAGAGAACACACACCCAUCUCUAGAAGACUACGUUGUUGAUGAGUCAGAAGACGUGUUAAUGUCGAAUCAACAAGCACACUCAAAUGAUAAUGUUAAUGAAGAAAGCUUGACCCAACCUCCCCAAAAUGUUGGGCAUGAUAGUAUACAAAGCCGCUCAAACAAACGAUCUAGAUCUGAAAGUGAUGGGGCUUGUAAGCAAAAUGAUAGUGUUUCUCGUGGUGAACUUCAAACAAAGAUUGCCAGUAGCAUGGAUUCAAUUUCUGAAAUUGCUAGUGACAUUCGAGGAGUGAAGGUUUUGAUGGAAAAGAGAGAAAAAGAUAGAGAAAGAAAUGAAAAAGAUAAAAAGGAAACUGAAAACAACAACAUAUGGAAUGUGAUUACAAAGAUUGCCAGUGGCAUGGAUUCAAUUUCUGAAAUUGCUAGUGACAUUCGAGGAAUGAAGGUUUUGAUGGAAAAGAGAGAAAAAGAUAGAGAAAGAAAUGAAAAAGAGAAAAAGGAAGCUGAAAACAACAACAUAUGGAAUGCAAUUAAAGAGACUCCAAAUUUAGAUGACCGCAUACGUUAUCAAGCACUGACGUUCAUACAUAAGUUUGGGAUGAAAGAAGCUUUUCUCACAAUGUCACUUCAUGAGCGUUCAGAGUGGAUUCACUAUAAUGUUGAAUGAGCAUUGUUGACUUGUGCUUUUGUUAAAUUUUUGUUUUUGUUCGAAUGACCAAUUUUUUAAUCGUUGGAUUUUAUGUGUGCUUAUUAUUGUUUAUGUUGGACCUAUAGUUUUAAUUUAUAAUAUGUUACUGUUAAACUUCUGAUUCUUGUUGUGCAACUUGCAAGUGGAUUUAUAAUGAAGCUUGUGUUCAGCUUUUUUAAUGUUAAUGUUAAACUUCUGUUCUUCA